UAUUCAGCAUGUUUUGCACAAGAAAUGUCAGCCAGAAAGGGCUAUCUGCUUCCUUCGCCAAAUUAUCCCACAACAAUGUCAUGCUCGGAGAGCCCCGCCGCGAACUCUUUUUUGGUCGACUCGCUCAUCAGCUCCGGCAGAGGCGAGGCUGGCGGUGGUGGCGGUGGCGCGGGGGGCGGCGGCGGCAGCAGCGGCUACUACGCCCACGGCGGGGUCUACCUGCCGCCGGCCGCCGACCUGCCCUACGGGCUGCAGAGCUGCGGGCUCUUCCCGGCUCUGGGCAGCAAGCGCAAUGAGGCGGUGUCGCCGGGUGGCGGCGGCGGCAGCGGGGGCCUGGGUCCUGGGGCUCACGGCUACGCUCCCGCGCCUCUAGACUUGUGGCUGGACGCGCCCCGGUCGUGCCGAAUGGAGCCACCGGAGGGGCCUCCGCCGCCGCAACCCCAGCAGCCCCAACACCCCCCGCCGCAACCAUCCCAGCCCCAGCCGCAGGCCACCUCGUGCUCUUUCGCGCAGAACAUCAAAGAGGAGAGCUCCUACUGCCUCUACGACUCGGCAGACAAAUGCCCCAAAGGCUCUGCCGCCGCCGCUGCCGAGCUGGCCCCCUUCCCGCGGGGUCCGCAGCCCGACGGCUGCCCCCUGGGCACCUCCAGCGGGGUGCCAGUGCCGGGCUACUUCCGCCUCUCCCAGGCCUAUGGCGCUGCUAAGGGCUACGGGAGCGGUGGCAGCGCACAGCAGCUCGGCGCGGGUCCGUUUCCCGCGCAGCCCCCGGGGCGCGGAUUCGACCCGCCACCCGCGCUCGCCUCCGGCUCGGUGGAAGCAGCCCGGAAGGAGCGAGUCCUCGAUUCGCCGCCUCCCCCCACGCUGGCUUGCGGUGGCGGGAGCGGGGGCUCGCAGGGCGAGGAGGAGGCGCACGCGUCGUCCUCGGCCGCCGAGGAGCUCUCCCCGGCCCCUUCCGAGAGCAGCAAAGCCUCGCCUGAGAAGGACUCCCUGGGCAACUCCAAAGGUGAAAAUGCAGCCAACUGGCUCACUGCAAAGAGCGGCAGGAAAAAGCGCUGCCCCUACACCAAGCACCAGACGCUGGAGCUGGAGAAGGAAUUUCUGUUCAACAUGUACCUUACCCGAGAGCGGCGCCUAGAGAUCAGCCGCAGCGUCCACCUCACGGACAGACAAGUGAAAAUCUGGUUUCAGAAUCGUAGAAUGAAAUUGAAGAAAAUGAACCGAGAAAACCGGAUCCGGGAGCUCACAGCCAACUUUAAUUUUUCCUGAUGAAGCUUCAGGCAAUGCCAUUUUUUUUUUCUGAUACCAGAGAGCCGUUAUCUUCCCUCUGUCUUCGGCCUCUGCCCAGGAACUCACCUGUGCUGGAGCCCCAUUCCUCCCUCCCACACUCACCAUCUUGCAGACCAUUACAUCUGUGCAGGGCUGGUUUGUUCUUUUUGUGUGUGUGUGUGUGUGGUUUUUUUUUUUUUUGUGUGUGUGUGUGUGUCUGUUUGCUUGGUGCUGGUUUAUUUGUUGUUUUCUAGGGGAAAAAGCCAUAUCAUGCUGAAAUUCUAUAGAGAUAGCUAGUGUCCUAAGCGUCAAGUGAUCAUUGGAAUGGUUUGCUAUCUCUAGAUCCCACUGCUUGAAAUGGCCCCUGUUCUCCUUAGUGGAGCUGGUUUCUUGCAGGGGCCCUGGGCAAACCUAGUCCGAAGGCCGAGGUUCCAUUGUAGGCGCUGAGGUGUCUGGCCUGAGGUCAAUGGUGCAAGGAGCCGCCACUGGUCUGGCCUGCCUGGAGUGCUGGGCUGUGUUUAAUCAGGGGAUACAGGCCCCUGGGUUUCUUUUUUCUUUCUUCUUUUCUUCCUUGGCAAAGAGAAGAGCUUACAGGCAUGGACAUGCAGGUUGGCAAAAGGGCUUGACUUUGGCUAAUUGGAAAAUUGAGAGUCAGAAAGAUUAAUUUUUCCUUCCUCUGUAAGAUAGCCCAGCGUUAAAAGAAAACAAAUAGAAUGACCAGGAGAAGGAAGCUUCUCUUCCAGUUUGUGUAGGUUUUGCAGUGUUUGACUAAAUUAUCUCACUUACCUCUGGAUUUCCAUACUUCUGACUAUAGAUAAAUUACCUAAUGUAGUUCUGCUUGUACAUGCGGAUUUAGUGGAAUUUUUGUCAUUAAAUAAUUGUUACCAUUGGUAACAUUUGACAAGCACACCACAAUUCUCCCUAUCUUGUGGAGGUUUUUAAAUUUUUUUUAAAAGCUUUUUUCUCAUUUUUUCUUUCCAAAAUUCACAGAAGCCUAGGAGGGCUGGGACAAGCGGAAUCGACUAGAGAAGGGAGACAUUGUUUGGCUUUCCUUUAUACUGUGAAGUUACAUGCAUAAAAGGGUGAAACCUGUAGGUGCAGAAAAAAAACUUUAAAUACAAAUCUGUAUAAAUGUCUAUUAUUAUGAAAAAUUGCCAAUCUUGUUUUAUGCAAAUGCAUUCUAUCAUUAUUAUAAAUGUUAGUUCUAGCUCUAUUUACUUCUAAUCUUAAAUCAGAAUAAAUUAAUAUUGUAAUGCUGCUGUGCGUGGAAAAAAGACGAUGUUUAUGUUCUAUAGAAGAAUAAAAGCUGUGGAAUGAACUUUUUA